GGCGCGUCUCCUUCCCACGCUGCGUCCACCUGCUGCAGUCCCCGGGGUGCAAAUCCCGCCCCGCGUUCUCCCCGCACGGCCAUGGGGGUCCACAAGAGGAAGGCCCAGGGCGGCCCGGAAGGCGAGGCAUCUCCGGCGGGUGCUACAGCCAAGCGGACCCGCAAGGAAGAAUUCACGGGCGUGCGCUUCAAGGCUCAGCUCCGGGACCCUCAGGGCCCUGCAGCGGCCCUGGAAGCCUUCAUCUCGGCUGCCAAGAAGCUCCCGCGGGAAGAUGCAUACGAUGUGGUGGAAGGUUACAUCAAGAUCUCUGUGGAGUGCUCCGAGAUUUUCCAGCUCCUGAGCGGGGAGAAGAGGCCUGAAAGCGAGAUGUUGCUCAUAUACCAGGCCCUGGAGGCCAUCCUGUUGCGCACGGCCAGCGAUCUCUCCCACUUGCACAUGGUGGGGACCAGCAUCGUCAAGAAGCUUCUGGGCAGCCAUAUGAAGCUGCUGGGCGAGUCUCUGUAUGCCUCAGGAUACAGAAUGUCUCGAGCCUGCCUUAGCCUGUUGGCUGCUAUGGUGUCCCAGGGGCCUGAGGCUGCUAGGGAUGUGUCCGGCCAUCUCGAUUUGAACAAGAAGACCUUGUACACCCUGGUCACCAAGAGGGAUUCCAAGGGAGCACCCGACGUUCGCCAGGCUUACAUCCAGUUCGCCCUCUCCUUUCUGGUCACCGGGGACAGCAGCACGGUGGUGCAGGUGCUGGAGCUGAAAGAAUUCAUCCCUUGCAUCUUCAGCUCAGGGAUAAAGGAAGACAGGAUUUCUACCAUCAAUAUUUUGCUAUCUACACUGAAAACAAAGGUGGUGCACAGCAAGAACAUCACCAAAACCCAGAAGGUGCGUUUCUUCAGCUCACAGCUGCUCCACCAUAUCGCCUCACUCUACAACUGGAACGGGGUGGUCGACGUGCAGCUGGAAGGUGGCAAGGACACGGGGAAGAGCAUGGUGAGGGAGCUGGUGCAUGACUUUCUGCUGGACCUCUGCUGCUCACUCAAGCAUGGCAUCAACUUCUACGACCCCACCCUGGGCACCUCCGGCAGAGGCGGCAACCUCACGCUCCUACAUCUCCUGCUGGGCCUGAAGACAGCGCCGGAUGAUGAGCUAGUAGCCGAGCUGGUGGUGAGAAUCCUGCGAGUGUGCCCCGACCUGCUGCACAAGUACUUCAAGGAGGUCACUUUCUCCUUCGUGCCUCGCACCCAGGCCGCGUGGGCCAACAACGUCCGGCUGCUCAGCAAGAUCUAUGAGGCCCAGCCCGACAUCUCCCGGGCCUUCCAGAUGCGCGAGUUCGUCCCACUGCCCCGGCUCCUGGCCAUGGUGAUGGUGACCACGGCACCUGUAGUGUGCACCAAGACCAUGUUCACGCAGGCCCUCAAUUUGGACAGCAAGUCAGUGAAGCACACAGCCUUGUCCCUCCUGCUGCUCAUCCUGAAGCGUGCCCUCAAGACUGUGGAUUUCUGUUUGCGCGGCGACGGCUGGUCGGAGACAGGCAUCUACUCUGCUUCUAUGGUGGAGGAGUUUGUGCGCCUCUUCCAGGAAGCCCUGAGCAAGAUUUUUCCAGAUCUCAACACCAUUGUGUGGGUCUGGCAGUCACUGGUGAAGCAAGAAACUAAACAGGAUGACCAGAAGGGAAAGAAAAAGGGCGAGCAGGCUUCAGUCCCUGGUGUGGUUCCCCAGCCUGACACAGCGGAGAUGGUGCUCCUGAAAGCCGCCUUGCUGCAGGUCAUUCGCCUCUACCAGAAAGUGGUCCCGCACGUGGUCAUGCAGUACAACUUCGACUUCAGCAAGCUCCUGCGAGGCAUCAUCUCUGAGCAGGGUUUCUGUGCCGAGGUGUCACCUGUCCUGCAGCACCACAUCCUGCAGAUUGCACUGGAGCUGCCGGCCAGCAAGUUCCAGUGGCUCAAGGGGCAGGAAGGCCCAGACUCUGAGCUGGGCAGCGGGGAGCGAUCUGUCUUCUACCUGCUGAUGAAGAUGUUCGUCACCUGCAGCCACGUGCACCUCAAGGCCUCGACUAAGUUGCUGAUCAUCAAGAUCCUGCGGGACACAGGGGUGUUCGAACAUACGUGGAAGGAGCUGGAGCUAUGGCUGGAGCAGGUGGACUGCACCAAGGCUGAGCAGAGAGAAACCGUGAUCAAGUUUCUGGAGCGCGUGCUGUUGAAGGUGGUGGCGAGUCCCUUCGCAUACACAGACAAAGCGUCUGACUUCGUACAAGAGGCCAGUACGCUGCAGGCUGCACUGAACAGGCAGGACACUGAUGAUGCCAGUCUUCCCAUCUCCCACAUCGACGAUGUCCUGGACAUGGUGGACGUCUUGGUGGAGGGCAGUGAGGGGCUGGACGAGGAGAUCGGGUUCUCACUCACCGAGGAUAUGGUCCAGCUCACCUUCCCCUUCAGCGCUGUGGUCCCUGCCGCUCUAGAGGCCCGGAACAAACUGAUCCUGGGGCCCAAGAACGAAACAGGAGAAAGCAUCAUGGCCUACAUGAUGGCGGUGCUCACUGACCUGCUACACAGCCAGCUUGAUCCCCUGGCCCUGUGCCUACUGCUUCAGGCCUACGACCAAAUGGAUGACACCGCACCUCCCUGCUGCCCACUGCUGACCCAUUUCCGUCACUACUACAGCCUCUGGAUCCCAGAGUCGGGCCGCACAGCCAAGCUGCCUCCAAUGCCCAAGGACUCUGCCCCCCAGGACCCAUCAGCAACCUCCUUCCCAGCGCUGUUGCAGGCAGCCUAUGAGCGUCCGGGGGCACUGCUGGACAUCCAGGUGCAGUCGCAGCUCCGGGCUGCCCUCCCCAGCCUCCCCCUGCACCGGGGCCCAUGCACCGCCCGCCACUUGCUGCUCUACAUUCGAAGCACUGUGGACAACUUCGGCCAGCUGGGCAGGAGCAUGGGCCCCCCACAACUACAACUCCUCCUGGACCUCCUCCGGGACCUGGUGCUCCACUGCACACAACUGGACGCCCAGAAGCAGCAGGACUGUGUGGCCACCCAGGCUGAUGCCGACGCCGACCUCUUUCUGGACUUGGAGGCAGUUGCCUUGCUGGAGGGGCCUGAGGAUAAGACCCUGGAGGAUGUCCUUACGGCCGUGCUUCGACACCCCACACUGGAGGGCUGGUUCCUCGCACUGGAGCAGCAGGCGUUGCCCCCGCACAGCCUUGGCCCUGUCCUUGUGAAGCUCCUGGCGGCCCGGCUCAAUGCAGGCGUCCUGCAGCUGCUGGUUGCCAGUGCUCCUGUUCUGCAGCGCACAGGGCAACUGGGCCUACUGGACAAGUUCUCGGCAGCUGUAGUGCACAGCCUGCAGCAGGAACUGCAGCGCAGGCGGGUGGGCCCAACCCUCAGCCCCCCGGAAGCCCUGCCCCAGCUGGAGGCCCUGCGGGCACUGCAUUCCUUCAUGGGGGACACCCCACUACAUGAGCUCACCCUGGCUCUGCUCAGCCUACCCGAGGCUCAGCUGCUGGCCCCGACAGGUGGCCGCAAGGGGCAGGGGCGGCGGCUGAAUGCGCUAGGCACAAGCCUGACACUAAUGCUGGCCUGCGGCCCCCGGGGGCCCCUUCCCUGGGCUGCUGAACAUGUCCGUGGCCUGAGCGCCCUGCUGCCUGCAUUGGCUGCUGACGAGCUAGACACUGCCCUGCUCUGCACGCUGCAGAACCAGCCCGAGCUAGUGCCCGCUGCUGGGCCGGGCCUCCUGGACGCCUGCCUGGCCCGCCACACGCCGGCCACCCUGAGCCUGGCUGCACUGCUCCUGCGUUUUGGCGCUACCCACCAGCUGCGCUUUGAGCUAUGGUGCGGGCAGGCGGGCACAGCCACCAUCCUGCGGGAACAUCUAGAUGACCUGCUGCCCUUGGUGCACGCCUACCUGCAAGGCCACCAGCAGGACCCUGGCACGCGACCACAGACAGGUACUAGGCUGUCUUUGGAGUCCGCACUCCGAGAAUGUGCG